GAGUUGCCAGAGCUAGACCCAGCAACGGACUGAUGGAGGCGUGUGGCAAAAUGGGUUGAGCAAGUGCAGAAUUGCCUUAUUCCACUUUGCGUUGUUCUUGCAUUGUCUUCACUUUUGCUUCAGAGCGAACUACAUAUCUAAAUGGGUUUGUUAAGUUGGCAAAGAACAGACAACCUCUGGUGGAAUUCUGUUUUCAUCAUGUUGUCUCACCAGUGCUGGAUGAGCUGAAACUUGCUGAGUCUUGGGGAGAGCAUGUAUAAAAGGAAUGACCUCAUGGCCAAUGUGAUGAUCACCUCCGCCACUCCAGAGGUAACAUUUUGAUGAAAUUCUUCCCUGGUUGAAACAUUCUACUUCUGCAUCUCUUACGACAGCUGAAGGAAGAGCUGCAUGAAGCAAGUUUUUCCAUGGUAGUGCUGCCUUUUGCACACUCAAAUCAAAGCAGUUGUCCUGAGUUUCUUGAAACAAAUAAUCUGUGAGCUGAUCUUUAAAAAUCUUAAACCAAAACAAAAAUACAUAAUACAGCUGUGCCCUGCAGAAGAUAAUUUUCUCAAACACAGUAUAAAUACCAUCAGACUAACAAUGAAACAGUUUUUCAUUCUCUCAAGAUGGGGGACAUUUUGAUUCGGGGUAGUAGCAGCUCAGAUUCUCUGGAAGGGCGAAGUUCAGACUAUGCCAAUAAAAGCUACGAUGCGGUUGUAUUUGAUGUGUUGAAAGUAACUCCUGAGGAGUUUGCUAGCCAGAUUACAUUGAUGGAUAUGCCAGUAUUUAAAGCUAUACAGCCUGAGGAACUAGCCAGCUGUGGAUGGAAUAAGAAAGAAAAACAUAUCCUUGCUCCAAAUGUUGUUGCCUUUACUAGGAGGUUUAACCAGGUCAGUUUUUGGGUUGUACGAGAAAUAUUAACAGCACAGACCUUAAAAAUAAGGGCAGAAAUAUUGAGCCAUUUUGUGAAAAUAGCUAAAAAGCUUCUAGAACUGAAUAACCUUCAUUCUCUUAUGUCGGUGGUGUCAGCACUGCAAAGUGCACCUAUCUUCAGACUGACCAAAACCUGGGCUCUUUUGAAUCGCAAAGACAAGACCACCUUUGAGAAGUUAGACUAUUUACUGUCUAAAGAAGAUAAUUAUAAAAGGACACGAGAAUACAUCAGAAGUUUGAAAAUGGUUCCUACUAUUCCGUAUUUAGGAAUUUAUCUCUUGGAUUUAAUCUACAUUGAUUCUGCAUAUCCCGCUUCAGGCAGCAUUAUGGAGAAUGAACAAAGAUCCAAUCAAAUGAACAAUAUUCUCCGAAUAAUAGCUGAUCUGCAAGUCUCCUGUAACUAUGAUCAUCUCACAACACUACCCCAUGUGCAAAAGUAUUUGAAGUCUGUCCGUUACAUUGAAGAACUUCAGAAAUUUGUAGAAGAUGACAAUUACAAAUUAUCAUUAAGAAUUGAGCCAGGUAACAGCUCUCCUCGACUGGUUUCCUCCAAAGAAGAUCUUGCAGGUCCGUCUGAUGUGUCAGCAAUUCUGAAAUUCAGUAGGAGACCCACAUGUCCUGAUGCUUCAGUAGCAGCAACUCUACCAACACCUCCUGUACCAAGGCACAGGAAGAGUCACAGCCUGGGAAACAACAUGAUGUGUCAGUUCAGCGUAGUGGAGAGCAAAAGCGCAACCUUCCCGACGGAGAAGCCGCGCCACCUCCUGGAUGACAGCGUCCUGGAGUCGCACAGCCCGGCCCGCAGCCAUGUGCUGAACUCGCUUUUCACCAAUGGCCUUUCCAUAGAUAGCAGUGAAAGCUCAGAAUUUAGUGAGGAGCUGCCGUCAGGGCUUGAAAGGGGUCGUUUAUAUGCCACGCUGGGGCCUAACUGGAGGGUACCGAUCCGGAAUUCUCCUAGGAGUCGAAGCUGUGUCUACAGCCCAACAGGGGCCUGCAGCUGCACAUUAGGUAGUUCCACAGGAGUCAUUACCAUGGAAGGGCCAUUAAGAAGAAAAACAUUGCUCAAAGAAGGCAAGAAACCUACUCUCUCCUCAUGGACUAGAUACUGGGUUAUGCUUUCAGGAUCAACUCUUCUGUACUUUGGAGCAAAAUCUUUAAGAGGCACUGAAAGAAAACAUUAUAAAUCUACACCUGGUAAAAAAGUCUCCAUUAUGGGCUGGAUGGUGGCACUGCCUGACGACCCUGAGCAUCCUGAUAUUUUCCAGCUAAAUAACCCUGACAAAGGCAAUGUUUACAAGUUCCAGACUGGUUCAAGGUUUCAUGCAAUAUUAUGGCAUAAGCAUUUGGAUGAUGCAUGCAAAAGCAACAAGCCUCAGGUACCUGCUAAUCUAAUGUCAUUUGAGUAAUUUGGUCUCCAGCCUGGUGCGACUUCAAGUGCCAAACUGAAGAAACAGGCUAUUGUUCUCUAAGGAGGAAGAGGAGAAUGGUUUUCCUAACAUGAGCCAGCCACGAAUAUUUCAGCACUUUCCUAUGUAACUUGAAAGUGAUUCUGACACAGCUUUUAAAAGCAGAAAGUGAAUGUUGUCCUUAGGACCAGAUGUAGUCUCAUACACUGAGUGAAAGCAGACAAGUUAGAUGGACAGAAGAUUAAUCCUGACUCCUGCAGGAUUCUAGAGCCCUGAACUUUUUGUGGUCAGAGACUGCCAGGAACUGAUGUUUGACCACAAACUGACCAUCAUAUCUUCUGCCUAUUCUUUUUUAAAUGGUUCUUUUUAUUGUUAAGCUGCUUUGUGUGACUGAAGAAUAUUUGGCCCAUGUUGGGUUUCAAUUCUUUCUAAUGCACAGAAUGAUUGACAGUGUUAACUUGCUGCAAAGUGUCAAUUAGAAUAGAAAAUUGUGGAACAACCUUUUUACAAUCUAAGUGCACUGAGUUGCUUGGCAAUGUGCUGCCUCAGAUUUUGUAUCAAAUCUCCGGACAAUUCUGCUGUUCACAUUUGAGCUAUUUGGGAAAAAUGUAUUUUGGCACAGGGCAGUUGGUUUUC